GGCGCGGCGGCGGGGGAGGGGCGGCUCCUCGCGGCGGCGAAGAUGGCAGAUUUUUUGAAGGGAUUACCCGUCUACAACAAAAGCAACUUCAGCAGAUUCCAUGCGGAUUCUGUAUGUAAAGCAUCAAAUAGAAGACCAUCAGUAUAUCUUCCCACGAGAGAAUAUCCAUCUGAACAAAUCAUAGUAACAGAAAAAACAAAUAUACUUUUGCGUUAUUUACAUCAGCAGUGGGACAAAAAGAAUGCGGCGAAGAAGAGAGAUCAAGAGCAGGUGGAAAUUGAAGGUGAGAAUUCGGCGCCGCCACGGAAAAUCGCUCGGACAGACAGCCAGGACAUGAACGAGGACACUUAAACUCUUGGCUUUCUCCUCUCCUACUUUGCAGGCGCUUCCUGUUUUUUGUCUCAAAGUGUGUAAAUUUUGCCCCCUUGCCCCCAUCUCUCCCCCCUCCACUAUGCAGCCCAAACCACUUCUGACUUCAUAGGAGCCAAUGUAUUUAUUUUAUUAAUUUUUUUUUUCCCCCCCCGUCUCCAUUUUUUAUUUAUGCCGUAAAACUUACGGAGCGUUGGUGGAACAACUCGGUAAAGGCUGUAGUAUAACUUUAGUUCCUCCUUUCUAAAAAUAUACACUGUCACUUUCAGAGGUUUUUGUGGAAUCUGUUACCUGAUGAGCCAGGUCUAGUGAUGGGCACCUGGGUAGGAGACAAGGGUAAUUACAAGGGUAAUUACAAACCCUUCGGUGACAGAAUCUUUCCCGUUCAUCUGCCCGUUGACUUAUUCCAAGUCGUUAACUCUUCUUUGGAUAUGCCCAAUCCAGCCAUAAGUGUGGGGCCUCACUAUUUGUUUUUUUUUUCUUCUCAAAUCUUCUGAAACUGGCACUGCACUAAAAACAAAACAAAACAAAAAAACCAACAAAAAAAAAGAGGAAUAAUAAAUCAUGGGUGUCGUUUAGGGUCACGUUGAUCUUCGCAACCGUGUUGUCAACUCGAUAGAUCAGUUGUGCUCUUUUGGUUGGUUCUGUGAGGGCCACCCACCCCUCCUUUGGCAGUGAAGGGUUGUCCCAAUCUUCAGUGGCCACGGAGAAUUCCAAGUGAAAGGUGGUGUUGCUUUUGUUGCUCUUAAAUUCAAACCCUCUCUCUUGGUCUUGAACGGACUGAUCUGUGCGACUUCUCCCUUGGAAGAAGAGGAUGCUCUUACCCCGUUCUGAGUAUUUGAUGGGUCUUGAUGCAACGGCCGAUGGAUGGAGUUGGGUGGACACCCUACGGGCAGCGUGUGGCCGGAUGAGUCCGGGAGCUCCUCGGUGACUAGAUCUACUUCUCUCUCUCACCUUGCCAGCUCCCAGUAAUGGUACGUUGUAUUUUCCUGCCCUGUUGGCCUGUCUGGAAUGGAGUCCAGGACUCGGAGUUGAUCAAAAUGUGAGCUUCCGCGGUCUCCGAUGAAGACCGAUCCCUUUUGGACUGUGCCAGUUCAGUGCCUGUUGCCUGUAACCCUUCGCUGACUCUUCGGCAAGAGCCAAACCCAGAGCCCCGUCAAGUCGUCGAGGUGGAUUUAGAGGUUCAGAGACUGAAAAGAAACGAGCGUCGUCGCGUGAAGGGGGACAGGGAAGGUGUAGCUUAGUAAUGAUGUCUUGUCUGCUUUUAACGUGAGAAACUGACUUCACACUGUGUUAGUUUAAAUUGUUGCAUUUUAUAGCUGUGGUUUUUUUUUCCCUCGUUGACAAAUCCUAAACACCAACUCAAGAAAUGGCACGAACGUUUUUCCGGAGAUCCCGGCUCAGCCUCGUUCCACGCGGCUGCAGCGGCCGCCAGCUUUGAGGGUCCCCUCUGUCCCCUUCUCCGUGGUGUCCCCGUCCCACCUGGCCCCACAGCCAGGUUUGGGGGCGAAGGGGGGCAGGAAGGGAGAGAAAAUUAGUGCUGACGACCUUACAUUGCGAGGCAGAAGCCGAGGAAGAGCAGGGCACAGCUCACCUUGCGUUUCUAAAUGUCCUUUAGGCACCGAGUUUCUGAUGCAGUGAGUGAAUUUAACUUAACACCCGGUAGUUUAGAACUUUGUAUCUGCCUCAAAAAAAACCAAACAAAAACCAAACAAACAACAAACCACGUUACCUUUUUUGCUACGGCAGUAACCUCCGAAUUCCUGGGAUGUCAUUGAAAAUGCCAACUGUGUUGGUGAAGAUAAAACAGACUUGGCUUCGUGUGUGAUUCACCAGAGGGUUCCUCCUCCCGGAGUCACCGCUCUCCCUCCAAAAGUGCUUUUUGUGCAAAGUGCAGGACUCGAAGAUGCCGCUUCCGCCUCCGGCCUCGCGGGGAUCAGCUGAAGCCGAAGCUGAAGAAUCCUUUGAAGAGCUGGGAGGUACCAAAAAAAAAGAGCAAACGGACGUGCAGCUGGUGGUAAAGUGUGACCAAUGUGUGUGUGUGUAGGGGAGCCGCAGCUGUGCGGUGGUGUUUGUACAGUGCUUUCAAGUUGUAAAAUGCUGUAUAAUUUCUCGCUGGGUACGGCAAGGUGUGAGCUUUGCUGGCUUCUCCGCGAGACGGAGUGAUGUACUAUUAAAGACAGUUGGCAGUCCCUUCC